CGCAGGCGCCCCAGCAGGGCGGCAAGCGGCAGGGCCGGGUGUUGCCCCACACGAUAGAGCGGAGGCUUCGGGGCAGCGAGGGCAGCAGCCAGGCGGUCAUGACCCCGCUGUGUCGUUCUCCUUUGACCGCCCUGUCACGCACCAGCAGCAGCAUAGCUACAUGGCAGGCCUGGUCGCCCACCGCGCCGCUGAGGCGGACGCCAACCACCGGGCCAACACGGCAGCAGCAGCAGCAGCGGCCGCUGUAGCAGCUGCUGCGGCGGCGGCUCCCCUCCCACCUCGGCCAGCACCCUCAGCGGCCGAGCUGGCGGCCGCCGGAAGGCAAGCCAUCAUCACCGCAGCAGCCGAGGGCCGGCAGGCUCCAGGUCUGGGUGGACCGCCGACCAUGACCCAAGGGCCGCUCGGCGUGCCGGUACCUCGCGCCCGCAGGCAGCUGGAUCUGGGCUCCCCGGGAGGUCCCUCCACAGCGGGGCUCUCCGCGCGCGAGGCGGCGCUGGCCCGGGCCGCAGCCUACAUGGCAGGCAGGGGCAGGGAGGGGGUGGCGGUGGAUGCAGGGCAGGGCGCUGCGGCACCCGCUGCUGCUGCAGUAGCGGUGGCGGCGCAGGCGGCUCCGGCGCCCCUGACUCGGCCCGCGGCACGGGUCAUGAGUGCUCCGGCAGGCCGGAUAAAGCGGGGAUCGGACGGCGGUGGUGGCCGUGCCGAAAGAUGAUACCGAGUUCUGGCUACUGCGGACAAGUCUGCGCCGGAGAGUAGGGCCUGGACAGUGCGUGUGCGGGGUGGUUUGUACAGAUACCGGUACAUGUGAUCUGCGGGGGGUUAUGUGUUUACCGUAGGCUAGGGGUCCUGCCCCGGCAAAUCCUGAUGGCGACCCUGACAUAUGAGAUACGGUAACCGUGGGCUUUCAGGAUGCAUUUGAAAGCGCGACAUUUCGCCCUCUUAGAGCCCUUGGAGCCAAGCUUGCAUUUAUUACCCCGGUGCACCGUACUACUACAUAGUCCUCCUACCCCUCGUAAUGUGGUCAACAUGGCCUUGCGAUAGAUUGUGUAAACGUAAAUACAGUGCUGGAUUCCGUAAGUUUCGUCCUCGAGGCUUUCGCUAGCUUUCUUAGAGCUGUGUGUCAAACCCGAAUGGCCACCGGUUGUGGUAACCAUCUAGGCCAGGCGCAGCCUGUGAGAGGCCCUGACAUGGGCUAAUUUCGCCUCUCCUAAUGCCCUUGGUCCCGUGGAUCGUACGGACACAAUGUACCGUACAUGCGGAAAACUGCAAGUGUAAUCGAGGCCAUGGGUCUGUGUAAGCGCAUGCUACACGCUGGGUAGAGGAGGACGAAGCUUAGGACGCUGUGUGAAUCGAUUGCCGAAAGGGGCCUUUGAAAUGGGCGCGCCAUCUGUCAAGGUAGCAGAGGCCUCAUAUUGGCCGGCAAGCAUAUUGCUCCUUUGCCGGAGCCGACGACGACAGUUAGCCGUACUAACGAAGUUAGCCGGAUAGUCGAAGACGCCUGUCUGUCACGCCAAUAGGGCAGCGAGAUGGAAAGGCACUUCCUACAAGGUGACUUAAUUAAUUGCUUACUACGGCUUAUUGCAGUCGUGACCAAGCUGUCGUUGCCCUGCGAGGCUACCGCCAAAAUUACUAAUUUCUUUCAAGGUCUGCAACCUAGCUGUAUCAGUGUGGUUUUAUGUAUAUUGCGCAUCAAUAUUCAUAAUAAGGUAUAAGGUGAAGUUAAUUUGGCCAUAGGCUCACUAACUUGGGCUACGUGUAGCCCGAAGGCUUCUUUCCUCGCUCGACAGCCUUCACAUGCUAUGGCACAAUACGUGGAAUAUCAUGCACGUUCUGCGCUAGCAGUACUUGCAGUAGAUAUUGUGUGGGAUGGACUCUCACAUCAUGCGAAGGAUUUACUACGUCGCUGCAUAGGUGAGGAUAUAUGACAUAUGAGGCAAGUUGAAAGUAUAUGUUGACGCUUCGUAAAGGCUUCCUGUCUGACUGCUCUCGUUUGUCAUGUUUCUCCUCGAAUCCACUAUGACCAUGGCAACCCGAGCAGUCGCUGCCGGUGAACAGAGCGCCAACUGCGGUGACCGAGGCAAGCAGCAGCCCCCGGACAACCCUUCAGUAAUCCAGGACGAGGCUGAGGGAAAACGGUACUCCGCAUGGCUGCACGACUUAGCAUGCGGUGCGACCCCUUCCAAAGUUGCCAUCGAGAGUGCUGUCAGCUGCGAUGUGGCCGUGCAGGGCGGCCGCCUGCUGCCGCUCAGCCGCACCGACUACCUCAUCGUGGGCGGCACCGGAGCUGACGGCGCCUGGCUGGAGGAAGUACGGCACAGCCAUGUCGCCGACUCCGACCCCGCCUCCGCCAACGCCCGCCACCCCCUGGAGCUGCCCGACCACAGCCGCCUGCACGGAGCGGCGCAGCUGCGGCCGCUGAGCGGACCCGUGUGGCUGCGGCUGGAGGCGACGCGAGCUCGGGCAGGGGGCGUACAGCAGGUCAGGGGCAGGGAGAUCCGGGGAGCUUGGCGACCCUUGGAGGCCGCCGCGGCUUGCGUGUACGGCAGCCACGUAUUCGUACACGGCGGCGCCUCCCCCACCGGGGAAGCCACCAACAUCAUGCGCGUGUUGCGCCUGCAGCCGGACCCGCACGGGCCCGCGGGCAGCCUAGAGCUGGCUGCGGGGGCUGCUGCGGGGGCGGCCCUGGGCGGCCCUCAGGCGCAGCUGGUCAUGCAGGAGGAGGGCUCUGGAGCGGAGGAGGAGGCGGGUGCAGGUGGCGCGGGAGGAGGAGGCCCCUGCGCACCGCCCUCACCCCGGUACGGACACCACAUGGCGGUGGAUGCUGAGGG